UACUUUGGAGCAUCCUAACAUGGUGUGGGAAGUGAAGACAAAUCAAAUGCCUAAUGCAGUUCAGAAACUCCUUCUGGUAGUGGACAAGAGAACUUCAGGAAUGAAUGACUCACUGGAGUUGCUGAAGUGUAAUGAAAACCUGCCCUCUUCUCCUGGAUAUGCAUCCUGUGAUGAACACAUGGAACUUGAUGAUCUUCCUGAACUACAGGCUGUACAGACAGAUGCUACCCCACCUGCGCUUUUUCAGCUUGGUGCCGAUGUUUCGCAUCAGGAAUGUUCAAGGCCUUCAUGGAACCAACAUACCUCAAACAGCAAUUCAGAAAAUGCUUAUUCUUGUGAGAAUGGGGUGAACUGGUUGACAGAAUUAGCAAAUAUAGCCACAAGUCCUCAGAGUCCUUUGAUGCAGUGCUCUUUUUAUAACAGAUCAUCUCCUGUUCACAUAAUAGCUACAAGCAAAAGUUUACAUUCCUAUGCACGUCCUCCACCAGGAUCCGCAAAGAAUGAUCCUAACUUCAAGAAUGAUUUGGAUGAAACGCCAGUCAGACAUGAAAGGGCGAAUAGUGAAUCAGAAUCUGGCAUUUUCUGCAUGUCAUCACUUUCAGAUGAUGAUGAUUUGGGAUGGUGCCAUUCCUGGCCCUCAACUGUUUGGCAUUGUUUUCUAAAAGGCUCUCGUUUGUGCUUUCAUAAAGGACGCAAUAAAGAGUGGCAGGAUGUUGAAGAUUUUGCAAGGUCUGAAAGCUGUGGAAAAGAGGAAAAUCUCCCAGUGAGUCCUUACAAGGGCUAUGGUUCUGAUGGUUUAAAGUUGAUUUCUCAUGAAGAAAGCAUUUCCUUUGGUGAGUCAGUGCUGAAGUUGACUUUUGAUCCUGGCACAGUGGAGGAUGGCUUGCUUACAGUAGAAUGCAGACUCGAUCACCCUUUUUAUGUUAAAAAUAAAGGUUGGUCAUCUUUUUAUCCAAGCUUGACUGUGGUACAGCAUGGCAUUCCAUGCUGUGAAAUGCAUCUUGGAGAUCUGUGUCUACCUCCUGGACACCCUGAUGCCAUUAACUUUGAUGAUUCAGGUGUUUUUGAUACAUUUAAAAGUUACGAUUUUACACCAAUGGAUUCCUCUGCAGUUUAUGUGCUAAGCAGCAUGGCUCGCCAGCGUCGCGCUUCUCUAUCUUGUGGAGGAUCAAACAAUCAAGAUGCUGAGAGAUCAGAAUGCAGUAGUAAAAACUGUGCCUCUACUGCAUCAUCACAUCUUUCCUCCAAUUCCUUGUACAGCAAAGCUGGCAAAAGCCACAGCUCAGGGACUGCAAGUACUGUGAGUGCCACUUCUCCGAACAAGUGCAAAAGACCAAUGAAUGCCUUCAUGCUUUUUGCCAAAAAAUACAGAGUUGAAUAUACUCAGAUGUAUCCAGGGAAAGACAACAGAGCCAUAAGUGUGAUACUUGGUGACAGGUGGAAGAAAAUGAAAAAUGAAGAAAGACGGAUGUACACACUAGAAGCCAAGGCCUUGGCGGAAGAACAGAAACGUUUAAAUCCUGACUGUUGGAAACGAAAACGAACAAAUUCUGGCUCACAACAGCAUUAAGCCAGAAUUUUCCUAUUAACUGUGUAUUUACAAAAUGGCUGUUGCCUGAUGGCAAGAAGAUGCGAGAUCAAGGUCUUACUAUUUGUUGUGACUUUGUGUGACCAUAAAAUACUGGCACCAUCAUGUCAGAAAUGAUCUGAGUGCAGAUUUGCUUUUUACAAUAGAACAUUAAGUAAGCUAAAACUAUCAACAUUUUAAACCAAAUUGCCUUAUUUUUCUUCCAAACUUCAUAUAUGUAUCAGGUAAUAGAGGCUUGAAAAUGGAUAUCCUGUGGUGCUAAAGUACUUCAGAAAGAGGCGAAGGAGACAUGUAUAAAUGUUUAUUUUUAAAAGAAAAUGUACAAAAAGGGGAAUUUUAAAGUAUGUAACAGCUGUUUAUAUACAUUGAUUCUUAUUGCUGAUUAAUAUGUAUUGCACAACCAUAUUAUUAAUUACGAUUCUGGGGCCUGGGAUUUUCUGAAAUGGCAAAACGUAUUACCAGCCUGUAGCUUCCCAGCCUGCCCGGAUGCCGACCAGUUACCCGAAGAUGUGGCAGAUGGAAGCGGAUGUCGUGUCGCACGGGGGCUGCUGCUUGGGUUGCCACCUAGCAAAUUUGUA